CCCGGAAGUUUAUUCAGCGUACUUCAGUCUCAUGCCUCUUUAGAGGCAAGUCUGGUUACUGAUUGGAACGUGGAGUUAUUUUAGGUUUAGAUAAUUAUGGCUGAAAUUAUUCAACAGCGAAUUGAAGAUAGGAUCCCCGAAUUGGAACAGCUGGAGAGAGUAGGUCUUUUUACGCCAAAAGAAAUCAAAGCAGUGAUUAAGAAGGUGUCUGCUCUUGAGUACAAGCUACAGAGGAGGACCCUUGCCAAGGAAGACUUUAUUAAUUAUAUUCAGUAUGAAGUAAAUCUGUUGGAACUGAUAAAGAAGAGGAGACUGCGAGUUGGAUAUAAAUUUAAGAAAGAUGAAAUUGAAUUAUCCAUUGUGCAAAGAAUACAUGGCAUCUUUAACAGAGCAACCACCAAAUGGAAGGAUGACCUACAGUUAUGGCUUUCUCACGUGGCUUUCUGCAAGAAAUGGGCAACAAAGUCACAACUCAGCAGAGUAUUCUCUGCUGUGUUGGCUAUUCAUCCUGAUAAACCAGUUUUAUGGAUUAUGGCAGCGAAAUGGGAAAUGGAGGAUCGUUUGUCUUCAGAAAGUGCGAGGCAUCUUUUCCUGCGAGCUUUGCGGUUUCAUCCAGAAUCACGGAAGAUUUAUCAAGAGUACUUUCGAAUGGAACUGAUGCAUGCUGAAAAGCUUCGGAAGGAAAAGAAAGAAUUUACUCUGGCCAAUAUGGAGGGAGAAUUUGAUUAUCCUGAAGAAAUCCUAAGAGGUGACUUGGCAAAAGUUGUUUUCACGGAAGCUGUGAAGAAAAUUAAAGGUGCAGAUUUCAUUCUCUCUUUACUUUCUAUAGCCAAAUUGUUUGAUUUCACAGAAGAUCUACAGAAAGAAAUUUUGGAUGAGCUACAGACUCUGUAUGCUGAUGAUCCACUGACCUGGGAUUAUUUGGCACGAAAAGAACUAGAAGCAGAAUCCCUGCCUUCAACAGAAUACACUUCCAAACAUACAAAAGCUACUGAUAUGGCAAGAAAGGAGGACCGCUGUUGUGCUGUCUAUGAGGAAGCAGUCAAGACUAUUCCAUCAGAGGCAAUGUGGAAACAUUAUAUUACAUUUUGCCAAGAGAGACUGAAAAGGAAAACCAGUGCUCAAGAGCUUAAAGAGAAGAGACAAGAAAGACUUUUGGCAGUAUUUCACAGAGCCCAUGAAUCCAAGCUUCAGUCACAGGAUAUGUAUAAGCAAUGGCUCCAACUUUUGUUGAGCCUCGGCUUGACAGACAAAGCCAAGGAGAUUGCUGUUGUGGCGACCAGGUAUUUCAGCCAGUCUUCAGACAUGUGGCAGAGCAGCCUACAGACCUUAAUGGAAUUGAAGAGCCCAGAUGUUGAUCUGCUAUUUGAAGAGGCAUUCAGAAGUAUUGGCCCAAAGGAGUGUCUACUUGUAUGGACUAUGUGGCUGGACUGGUGUGACCAGAAUAAAAACCCGGAAGAGAUGGAAUUGGUGUAUAAGAAGGCUGUACAUUCUGUUAACCCAGCAGUAUCUGUAGCCAUGAAAGAAAAGUACCUGGAGUGGGCAUACAGGAGCAGUGGUUACAAAAAGGCAAAGAAAGUGUUCAAAAGCUUGCAUGAAAGCCAUCCAUUUUCUCUUGAAUUUGUCAAAAGAAUGAUCCAGAUUGAGAAAGAACAGGACUCCCCGAAAAUGCUGAAUUUGCGUGAAUACUAUGAACGUGCACUGAGGGAAUUUGGUUCAACAGAUGCUGAUGUUUGGCUGGAUUACAUAAAGGAAGAAUUGAGUCACCCUCAUGGAAAACCAGAAAACUGUGGCCAGAUAUACUGGAGAGCAAUAAAGAUGUUACAGGGGGAUAAUGUUGAAUAUUUUGUAUCCAAGUAUACAUUACUUCAGACAGGACAUUUACAAUGAUUGCUAAAAAGACUACAUUGCCAAGUCUUUGAAAUGCAAAGUAACAGUUCAGAAGAAGUUAUGUUUUCUUUAUUAGGAUGUACUUUUGAUAAAUAAAAUGUAUGUUAUAAAACUGUUA